AUUUUUGCGUUCAUUUUACGGAUGUGAGUUACCUCAGUUUUUUCCAUCUCGAGUUCACAAUCAGUCGAAUCGGUACUGCUAAGUGCUAGGUAGACCUUAUUAAACUUAUAAGAAACAUUUUAUACGUAUUAGAUAAUUAGAAUGAGAAGCUGUAAUAGUAGUGGCUUUAUCGUAUAUUGAACAGUAGUAUUUCGCUUGGUUAAUUGCUUGAUACUUAUUAGUUAGUAGUGUUCGUUCAUUUCGUUGCUAUCGACUAUCGAGUAACAGCUGUGAGCGUGAUGUAUGGACUGGCAAAGCGUAUAAUUAUUUGUAAACUGUCGAGUGUUGAUUGUUGAAGUGUGAAGACAAAGUCGACUUUGUCCUCCACCUGAUGAUAUAAGUCACAUAACAUCCGUCGAAUUCGGCGUUUUACGGUAAAGUUGACAAUUUUCCUGUAAAGCAUAAACUGUGCUAACCGGAUAAGAGAUCCUCCUUGUCGUGAUUGCGUGAAGAUGGGAGGACGAGCCAGUACGCCACAAGCCCAAUCCCAGCCUGCAUCGCGGCCCCGCUCUGAUACCUUUCCUCAUGGCCCGUCAUCAUCGGGAUCCCACCAGAACACAGGGGCCAGUGCCGAACUAUUUCCCACUAGUUCCUCAUCCCGUAACCAUCCCCUAUCUGGGAGUCGCAGUUCCACCUCGCGACAUGAGAGCUCGAGUAGUGCCGCCCGACGAGCGCGCAGUAUGAGCGCAGUAUCACCUACGGAACUGAGUGGAGCUCUUCUGAACAGUCGCUAUACAGGCGUCUCCAUGUCAGACUCCGACGCUGAUAGCUCCCCGGAAGCUGAGGAUAAUUUCGCCUUUUUCAGGAUUCCCGGAUCUCUUCCUCUGCGCUUAUUCCAGCUAGCAGGUAUUAAAUGCCCUGUUUGUGGCAAGCAGAUUGCUUCUGACAAUGUGGAGCUUCAUUUGGUGGAAUGUUUGACUAAACCAAGACUGGAAUACAACGAGGAUGUCCUUACGGAACCUAAAGGCGAAUGUGUUAUCUGUUUCGACGAGAUGGAGUGUGGACAAUCGAUUGCGCGUUUGCCAUGCCUUUGCAUUUACCAUAAACGGUGCAUCGAUUCGUGGUUCAGAGUAAACCGCUCUUGUCCGGAGCACCCCGGAGACUGAUGCCAUGGAGAAGAGUGCUGAUACGGCAUUGGAUGGUGUAAAUUGUACAGCUGAGCUUUGAAGGUCGGGACCGCUCUGUGAUAGGGAGCAGAAGGGCGGCUAAUCCAUUCCUUUCCGAAGUUGAUCGGUUGAUCCGUUUGUUUGCGUCGGUUGUAUGUAUAUUUUGCACAUUUUCGGAUAUUGCUUUCUUAGGAAUUUGUUUGAGCUUGUUAUUGGUUAACAAUGUGUUCUUUAGCUGGCCAGUGUAUAGCAUGCAUGUACAGUACAGAGCCAUUCGCCGAUAAUCUGCCGUUUGAACGAGAUACUGUUUCUGUGUUUUAAUUGUCACCGAUAAUGUAGAUUGUACAUAUAUAGCUUGGUUUGUUUGAAGUUUUUGAGAGACGAUUGUUUUUAUUCUGUGAGUUCGGCAUGUGAAGAUGUUUUUUUCCAAAAAAAUUGUUGCAUGGCAUUAUCUGAAUAAUGCUGAAAUUUUCGUAUGCAG